AUGGCUAUGGCAGGUACAGGGAAACAGCCAGAUAACAAUGACGACGCUCCUCCCACUGUAUGCAUACAUAACUGUUCUGUGACACACAAUGAACUAACACGAACGCAGCCACAGAGACCGGUGUCCUCUUUGCUAUCUCAUUUUGAGAAUCUAUCUCACCGCAGAUCUCCCUCUGCUGUAGCUACCAGCCCGCGCACUUCCACAAACAAUUUACUAGUAACUCCGGGGCCUAGCGAUGACCCCCGAUCCUCCACUCGUGCUUCACUCGAUUUACCCCGGCCGCAUUCCCCAUGGACCCCGGCCGAGGAGAGACCAAAUCCGCUUCAGUUGAAUGGGGAGAACUCCCGGGAUCGGGGGUUCUCCGGCAGACGAUAUGGCCGGCCCAUCUCUAUGAACUUCCACCGUUCAUCGCCACAACUACCGCCAACCUUAACAGUGCAGUCGCCCCAAUCUCCACCACGUGGACAAGAUCGGGAUGAAGUUUGGACUCCGCAAGGUGAUAGCCGCAAGACCCGGAGUCCCGGCCAUCGCCCAAGAGAAUCAAUGUCCGUCUCGCCGGCACCACCUCGCCCGCUCUCCCCAAUACCGAAGUUCGGACCUUCCAUUAAUGCAGGGGAUACAAUCCCUCGACUGGCGCCUGGAUCUCUCCGCGUCAACCUCACUGGGAGCCCGACAGACCGAAAAUUAAAAAGCGCCUCGUUGCCACCCCCAGCUAACCGCGCAUCAAAGCCCAAAAUCCCGGCAAAACCGGCUAUGUUUUCUCACCCGGACACUAGUUCGUUGGCUCCUCGACCGGGACGGACAUCACCCGAUCGAAGUAUGUCGCCUUUUAGCACCCCUCCUGGUAGCCCGGAAAAAUCCAAGUCUAAGCCUCAAUCCACUGGAAAGAGCAGUGCUAGGCCAGCACCGGCUCGGCCAACGACGGAACCCCCAGCUCGUCGCUCGUUUGACGAGCGAUCACCUACUCCGUCUGCGUUCGCCCGACAUGACGCUAGAGAAAUGGGAUUUUCAAGGACCCGUCCCGGUCCAGAACCCUCACGGUCCACCAAGCCCUUGAUGGUGCAGAUUCCAUCUGCUCCCGUAGACGGUCCGAUGUCUGCUGCCACUGCCCCCCUCUUUCGGCACAGAGAUAUCGAGCCAGUGAUGUUUCUUACGACCGCCCUGGGCUUCCUCCUCGACCUUCCGGGGCUCCUCGUCGAACCGGAACAUGCACCCACUCUCUCGCGUGCCGGCGAAUCCUCAGGCCCGAGACCAAUCCAGCGUCAACCCUCCUUACCCCAAGAAACUCACCUCUCUUCUUCCCUUCCAGAGCGUCGUGUGGUGCGUACAGACACGGAGGAAGAUGAACAAGUUGAAGAGCCAGCUAUAUCACGGACAGACUAUCCUGAUGCCUCAAAAACUAACCGUCGACCCCCACGCUUCAAGUCUGGACCGCAAGAUAUCCUGACAAAGUAUGAUACCCGCUUACUGGCUGUAUGCGGGAAGUAUGUGUGUACGACUGGAUAUCUGACUCGGGUAUGGGAUCUUACAACUGGUGACCAAGUGAUGAGUCUCAGCCAUGGCGAGACCGUAAAAAGCCUAUCUAUUGCUUUCAAGCCAGGGAAAGGCCUUGAAGAUGAGGGCCAGCGUAUAUGGCUCGGUACCAGUGCUGGAGAUAUUCACGAAGUUGAUAUACCAAGCCAAUCCAUCGUGGCCACCCGUGCAUACCCCUCCCGUCGAGAAGUCAUCCAAAUUUUGCGGCACAAGAAAGAAAUGUGGACGCUAGAUGACGAAGGCCGACUGCUUGUUUGGCUGCCAGAUGAGACCGGCACACCUAACUUGCAAUACAGCUACCACAGCCCUUCUGAGCGUGUAGCUAGAGGCCACACAUUCUCCAUGGUAGUUGAUGACAAGCUUUGGCUGGCGGCAGGAAAGGACGUCCAUAUAUAUCGCCCCAAUGCAAAAGAUGAUGUCCCAUUCAAGGUCUUCAAACGACCCCUCGGUCUUCAGCACUCAGGCGAUGUGACUUCCGGGACCUUUACCACGCGAGAGGGAGGUCGGGUUUAUUUGGGACACGCAGACGGCAAGGUUACUGUGUACUCUUCGACCGAUUUUUCUUGCUUGGCGGUGGUCAAUGUCAGCGUGUAUAAAAUCAAUUGCCUUGCAUUUGUGGGAGAUUAUCUUUGGGCUGCGUAUAAAACCGGCAUGAUCUACGUCUACGACGUGUCCACAAACCCUUGGACCGUGAAGAAAGACUGGCGUGCCCACGACAGUCCCGUAUCCAGCUUCGUGUUAGACAUGAGCAGCGUAUGGACAAUGAAUCGCCUGCAGGUGACCUCUCUCGGCACUGAUAAUUGCAUUCGCCUCUGGGACGGAAUGCUUGAGGACGAUUGGUUGGAUGCGCGGAUGCAGACCAGAGACGUGGAGUUCUGCACAUUCCGAGAACUCAAGGCUAUCGUUGUGACAUGGAAUGCGGGAGCCUCUACACCUGGCAGUGUGCGAACGUCGGAUUUCAUCCGAAAUGCAGUCACCCCUGAAGACCCGCCCGAGAUCGUGGUAUUUGGGUUCCAGGAGCUGGUUGAUCUCGAGAACAAGAAGAUCACAGCUAAGAGCUUGCUGCUUGGUAGUAAAAAGAAAGAAAACGGUGAGAAGGAACAUAUGAGUCGUCAAUAUCGAGUAUGGAUCGAUCAUCUUACUCGUACUCUUCACGAAUGCAUGCCUCUCGAGGAAUCCUACGUUCUUUUGCAUACUGCGAAUAUGGUGGGACUCUUUACUUGCGUUUUCGUCAGACACAAGGAACGCCAUAAUAUCAAAAACAUCAGUGCUUCGGAGAUUAAGCGCGGAAUGGGCGGUUUACACGGAAACAAGGUUUGUCAUGUCCCCGGUCUUUACGAUGGCUCUUAUCUCAUUAUACCACAGGGUGCCCUCGUACUCCGCUUCGUCUUGGACGACAGCUCGAUGUGUUUUGUGAACUGCCAUUUGGCGGCCGGUCAAACUCAGACCGCACACCGAAACAACGAUAUUGCUGCGAUCUUAGAAGCCGAGUCCCUGCCGGUGGAAAGUAGCAUGACCUUGCGGUCAGAUCAGUUUGCCAGUGGUGGUGAUGGCUCAAUGAUCAUGGACCACGAAGUAUGCAUUUUGAACGGAGAUCUGAACUAUCGAAUCGACGCAAUUCCUCGAAAUGUGAUCAUUGACGCAGUUCGUCAAAACAAUCUACCAAAACUCCUGGAUCGGGACCAGCUACUUGCUUCCCGGCGAAAGAACCCCGGUUUUCGCCUGCGCUCAUUCAUUGAGUCACCCAUCACCUUCGCCCCGACCUACAAAUACGACGUUGGCACGGACGAGUACGACUCCAGUGACAAGAAACGAUCUCCCGCCUGGUGUGACCGCAUCCUUUACCGUGGCCUAGGCCGCGUCAAGCAGCUGGAUUAUCGACGACACGAGGUCCGCGCCUCCGACCACCGGCCGGUCAGUGCGGCGUUUAAAAUUCGCGUCAAGACAGUCCUAAGCCAAGAACGGAAUGCGACGCGGGAGUCGUGUCAUAAGGAGUUCCAGGAUGAGAAGCGCCGCUUGGCGUCUGAGACUAGCAUCGAGUAUCUCAUUACUGUCCUCGGCACAGAUCCCCGCCAGGCCCGUACCUUGAUCUUGGGAAAGAAAUAG